CCCUGCGUCAUCCAGGCCGGCAUCGUCGCGCCGCGGCCGCGGCCCACGGGCGCCGCCGGCAUGGGCGGGGCCUCGUCCUUCUUUUUGGGGGACUCGGAGCGUCUCCUUCGAGACGACCGCUUGCGGUCGCGGUCCCUAUCUUUGCUCUUGCUGCGGCUGCGGCGGCGGCGCGAGCGGGACGGCAUCGUUGCUUGCGCAGUUAUGCGUCUUACACGCGCGCGCAGUUGUGUCUGCACAGCGAGUGGCGGCAAGUGUAGUUUUCUGGCAGCGAUGCACGCAGUUAUGCGUCGCGGCGAAGCUGUGUGUCGGGAGCGGAGCGCUGUUCGCACCAAGCAGCGUAAGCACUGGUGUCUGCUGAUGCGCGUAGAGCCGCGCGCGCGGCUGUCUUUGCAUAAAGACUAG